UUCCAUUUUCCCUCACUUUCUAUCCUUCCCAAUCAAAAAAGAGUCAAAUUUUCCCUUAAAACAAACAUGCCUUCAUCUUCUUCAACUUUCCCUGUUACUUUAGUUUCAAAAACCAUGAUUUUCCCAGACCAAAAAUCAAAUCUUGGCGAACUUAAGCUUUCAGUUUCGGAUCUACCUAUGUUGUCUUGUCAUUAUAUUCAGAAAGGUUGUCUUUUUACUCGUCCUUCAAUCCCUAUUAACUCACUCAUUUCGGUUCUGAAACAAGCCCUUUCUAAAACGCUGUCGUUUUUCUCACCUCUCGCCGGUCGUCUUUAUACUGAUCGGAAUGGGUAUAUUUAUAUUACAUGCAACGACGCCGGCGUUGAGUUUCACCAUGCAAAAGGUACCACUUUGUUCAUCAGAGACGUCAUUAGUCCACUUGAUGUUCCAUGGUUUGUGAAAGGCUUCUUUUGUUAUGAUAAAACAGUGAGUUAUCAAGGACAUUAUAUGCCGAUCAUGGCGGUCCAACUCACUGAGUUGGCUGAUGGGGUUUUCAUCGGAUGUUCGGUUAAUCAUGCAGUGACUGACGGUACGUCGUUUUGGAAUUUCUUCAACAGUUUCGCUGAAAUUUGUAAAAGAAUUAGUGAUAAUUGUUGUAAUCAGAGUAUUGAAAAGAUUACACGGCGACCGGAUUUUACAAGGGAAACGGUGUUGAAUUCGCCAGCGGUUUUACGAUUACCGGAGGGAGGACCCAAAGUUACUUUCAACGAAAACGAACCGUUACGUGAAAGAAUUUUCAGUUUCAGUAAAGAAGCAAUAAUGGAACUUAAAGCUAAAGCUAACAACUUUCAACUCAACGCCGGCGAUUUCAACUCCGCCGGUGAAAUUAUGGGGAAACAAAGUAACGACAAAUAUAAACCCAUACCGGAGAUUUCAUCUUUUCAGUCACUUUCCGCUCUACUCUGGCGAGCCGUCACGCGUGGGAGGAAGUUACCGGCUUCCAAAACGACGACGUUUCGCAUGGCGGUGAAUUGUCGUCACCGAUUAAGCCCAAAGCUUAAUACAUUAUACUUUGGUAACGCUAUUCAAAGCAUCCCAACAUACGCGUCAGCAGGUGACGUCACGUCACGUGAUCUACGCUGGUGUGCGCAGCGAUUGAAUGAGAACGUGAAGGCCCAUGACGACGAAACGGUGCGUCGUUUUAUUAAAGAAUGGGAAAAGGAUCCACGGUGUUUCCCGUUAGGGAAUUUCGACGGAGCGUCGAUGACGAUGGGGAGUUCACCGAGGUUUCCGAUGUAUGACAAUGAUUUUGGGUGGGGACGGCCGUUGGCGGUUAGGAGUGGCGGAGCUAAUAAAUUUGAUGGGAAGAUCUCCGCCUUUCCGGGGCGGGAAGGGAACGGUAGCGUUGAUUUAGAGGUUGUUUUGGCGCCGGAAACUAUGGCAGCUAUUGAAUUGGACGGUGAAUUUAUGCGAUAUGUGUCGAAUUAAGUUUGGGUUUUUGGGUUUGUGUGUGUGGGUUUGUAAUUUUGUAAUAUUUUUCAGUUUCUGUUUUGUUGGAAAUAGCUUUGUGCUUUGAAGUUUGUACCUUUUAAUCAGUAAAUUUAAUCUUUUAUAUGUUUUUUUAGUAAAUAAA